AUGGCGUCGAAGAUGGACUGGGACAAGUCAAAGUCAGGAAGUUAUAAAGUUUCUGAAACAGAACAGGCAAGAGAUGAUAAAAGCAGGCCACAGGGCAAUGACAGGCUAGAAGAAAAGCCCAAGGAAGGAGUCAAGAUUGAGAACAAUGAUCAUACUAAUUUGAAGGUGGCAGGGAUGGAUGGUUCUUUGGUGCACUUUAAGAUUAAGAGGCAUACAGCACUUAGCAAACUUAUGAAGCCUAUUGUGAAUGACAGGUUGCAAAUGAAAGAUGAAGAUGCAAUUGAUGUGUUCCAGCAGCAGAUGGGAGGUGUCUACUCAAAAGGGAAUCUGCUACUUUACUGUAGAACUUUGUUCCUCCAGAACAUAAAGACAUGUUCUCAAUUAGAAAACCCAAUUGGUCCUACCACAUCCUGA